ACUCUGAGCCGUCGUCCAUCGAGGUACGCCCGUCACUAUACGUCGUUUCGUUCACCGAACGAGAAUUCCGGUACCGGAGCCUCGUUUCUAUUCGUCGACGAUCGAUUUCUAUGGAAAGAUCACACCUUAUGAGGCACCGUGCCGCGUUGUUGCGGGGUACAACUAGUACGAAUAACUGGAACGGUCCGAAACGUGCGUAAAUAUUCCUUUACCCGUGACGACACGUUUAAAAGCUAGAAUUCUCGGCCUUAUUUUACAUAAUGAAAUAAAAAUAUCACGAUCAUCAAAACGAAAUUCGAAUAACACAGUGUCGAAACGUAUGCGUAUAUUUAUCGAAUAUACGAAAUAUUCGAAUACGUGUUGUUUAAAGACAAUAGAUAGAAUUUCAAAUAUGUGCAAUAAAAUGGACGAUUCAGCGAGAAGUUGAUGAGAUUAUUGAAAAAAGGAGAUGUUUCACGGAUAAUGGACAUGGUGAGAGAAAAGCCGAGGCCUCGAAGUGUGAGCGAAAUGCUCGAUUGGCGAUGUAUCGUCAGAAACAAAGGCGACGUAGGUACUGACGACACGUGCGUGAACGUGCCCUUUCUCGAGGACUAUGACAAGGAUCCGGAAAUGCGUCGCCGGAAACGUUCCGGUACUUGGCCGAGAACAAGAAGUUUAAACGCACCUAGUCCGAUUCAACAAUUUGGGCCAUGCGGACGCAUCAUGAAGAAUUCUGCGAUGGUGAUGACCAUACAAGAUCCAGCCUCCCAGAGGUUGACGUGGUACAAGCCACCGCUCACUGUUCUCGUUAUCAAAAAAGUCCGGGAUUCCUCGGUACUGCCACCAUUUGUACAAUUAGUUACAUGGUUAAUAGAAGAAAAACGGAUGGUAGUAUUCGUAGAGGCAUCUGUCCUGGAAGAUCCAGCCUUGGCUAGGGAUCUCAGAUUUCAAGAGGUUCGAGAUAGGCUACAAACUUUCAGAGAUGGCACGGAUGAUCUACAGGAUCGUAUCGAUUUCAUUGUCUGUCUGGGAGGCGAUGGAACGCUUCUCUACGCAAGUUUGCUAUUCCAGCAAUCGGUACCUCCAGUGAUGGCAUUUCAUCUUGGUUCCUUAGGAUUCCUCACGCCCUUCGAAUUCGAUAAUUUUCAAGAACAAGUAACGAACGUAUUAGAAGGUCACGCGGCUUUGACCCUGAGGAGUCGACUGAAAUGUAUCAUCAUGCGAAAAGGAGAGGAGAACAAGGAGACAAAACCGCCACGAACGGAAUUAUUGGUGCUGAACGAGGUCGUGGUGGAUCGAGGCCCGUCCCCGUAUCUCUCAAACAUCGACCUCUUCAUCGACGGUAAACAUGUGACCAGUGUACAGGGUGAUGGCCUGAUCGUAAGCACGCCGACCGGGUCUACGGCGUAUGCUGUUGCGGCUGGGGCCAGCAUGAUUCAUCCUUCAGUACCUGCGAUCAUGAUUACACCGAUCUGCCCUCACUCUUUGUCCUUCAGGCCGAUCGUUGUGCCCGCCGGCGUCGAAUUGAAGAUAUCUGUUUCACCCGAUAGCAGAAACACUUCAUGGGUAUCCUUCGAUGGUAGAAAUAGACAGGAGCUUUUUCAUGGCGAUAGUUUAAAAGUAACAACAUCUAUCUAUCCAGUACCCAGCAUUUGUGCUGCCGACCAAAUUACCGAUUGGUUCGAUUCACUGGCAGAAUGUUUACACUGGAACGUUCGCAAGAAGCAGAAACACUUGGAUGAAUUGAGCGACUUGACUCAUUCAUCUAGCAACGAUACGCUAGAUUCUCUCGAUCGUGAUAGCUAGGUCAGGCAAGCGAGUCAUAGACUGAACCAAUACAAUUACUUAUACAUCAAGCCCUAAAUAAUCAUGUUAAAUCAUUUAAUGAAUCAAUAAUUGUUCUACAAGACUUGGUUCGAAAAAAAAAAAAUCAACGACUCAUUGCGUACAAUGAAUGAAAAGGGCAAGUCUGUAACUUGUGUUCUAAUUUGUGUUCGUUCUGUCACAAAAACAGAAGAGAAUGAACUCGUCUAGUAAUCGUUGAAAGAACUGAAAUAUCGUAUAUGAACUGCAGGCACUAUUAGCAAUUUACAGAUCAGCGGAACUCGAAGUUCUCAAAAGAAAUAAUAAUAUUUUGAUACGUUCAAAAGUAAAUGAAAUAUCGAGAUUGUUCGUUUUCACGAAAUAAAAGAUUGUAAAGACUUUAUGGCUAUAAUCAGUGCAUCGAAAAGCACAACAGAAGUGUUUUCUAUGUCCAACGCAUAAUUCUACAGUGAUAUUUCACUCUAAUUUGCAAAAUCAUUUCAAAAACAAAUUUCUUUUCUUUUAUUUUUUCCCUUUUUAUUGGAUUUAAAUUAAUAAUGUUGAAUAUAAGAUUAUAAAGUAUGAAAGCAUUUGAAGAAGUUAUAAAAAAGAUAUUAAUGACAGAAAUCAUGUAUUUAAGAAAAGAAUACAUUGAUGCAAUUAAUUUGUUUAAUAAAAAAGCAGAAUGAAUUAUUAAUAUUCUUAAUAAACAAAUUAUUAUGAAAAAUAAUAUAUUAAAUUAUGAUCAUUCAUUUUAUACUUUACGCUCAUACUUAUUUAUUAUACUUGGAUUUUUUAAUGCAUUUCAAAUUAUGAAUCAAAAUAAAUUUAUAGUUUUUGAUAUAAAUAUAUUAUUUCAUAUGCUUUAUCAAAGUGAUUUUGUUAAUUGCAACAAAACAACAAAAUAACAAGGCACAUAAGCAUGAAUCAACUAUAAAAAAUAUUAUUAUCGAUAAUUUUUUCUGCUUUCUUCUGAAAAAAUAGUCCAAUUAUGGAUUCUUUUGUAAAUGUUAAAUGUACUUUUCCUAAUGAACAUUUUUAAUAAAAAAAAUCAUUUUUGUACAGAGAAUGUGGUCCACAUUAAUAAUUAAGACAAUAAUUAAAAAAUUUACUUAACCAUUGUAUAAAUCCCAAUAAGUAAAAUAACACAAAAUAUUAUGUAUGAUAAAAAGAUUUAAAAUUAAAAUUAAAAAUAAUUUAAAAAGCCAAAUUUAUAUUAGAAUGAAAUAAUAAAUAUAUACAUAUACAGAUAGAGAGAAAUAUAUAUAGAGAGAAAUAUAUAUAGAGAGAAAGAACGAGAGAUUAUGAAAAAAUGUAUAAAAUUAUUUCAAAGAUAUAUAAGUGAUUAAUAAGAUGCAAAUAUUACAUUUGAUAUUAUUUUAUCCGUACAUGAUCUCUGAGUAAAAUUAUAGAUGUAUAAAAUAGUUUGCUCUUAUUUAACAGAGAAUAUAAAAAAAAAUAUACAAAAUGAUAUAAACUUCAUUAUAAAAUGUAAGGGUCAAACUUAGAAUGCAUUUAAUACAAAAGCAUUAUAAGUAUUGACAUCAAAUCAUUUAUUUUUGCACAACCAGGUAAUUAAAUAUACAUUAUAUACAAAAAUUAUGUAAAAUUUGUAAGAAUAUGUUGUUUAUUUUAUCAAACAACAACAUAUUAUAAUAGUAAGUAGCAAUCUUUUGAAUGGACCAUUAGAAUUUGAAAUAAAAUAGCUGAAGUACUUUGUUUUUGUACUACACACAAAAUUUAAUGUUUUACUUAUGGUCUCACUCAAGAUAUAAUAAAAAAAACUCUAUAAGCUUUUA